AUGGUGGUGACCGGAGGAGUAAAGAAGCCCAAUCGCUACCGGCCAGGCACCGUCGCCUUGCGUGAGAUCCGUCGCUAUCAGAAAUCCACCGAACUGCUGAUCCGAAAGUUGCCUUUCCAACGUCUGGUCCGUGAAAUUGCCCAGGACUUCAAGACCGAUCUGCACUUCCAGAGCUCAACUGUUAUGGCUCUGCAGGAAGCUAGCGAGGCCUAUCUGGUCGGUCUGUUCGAGGAUACCAAUCUGUGUGCCAUCCACGCCAAGCGCGUCACUAUCAUGCCGAAGGACAUCCAGCUGGCUCGUCGUAUUCGUGGAGAACGCGCUUAA